AUGAUUCUGGAAAGAGGAACACAGACUGAAAAUGCUCUGGUUGGUGGAGGCAUCCUACAGCAGGCUGGAUCGAAGGUGAAAAUACGCUGCUCCUACAGUCACCCAUCCAGAAUAAAAGGCCUUAAUGUUGCAGUGGAGCAAAGGUUCUGGUUUACUAAAGUGCAGGAUGGUAAACCCGUGGAUCUGAGAGCAGCCUCUGAGUACACAGGUCGUGUGAAGUAUGACUGUAGAAACAAGGCCUGCACUCUGACCAUCACAGACCUGAGAGACAGCGACUCAGCAGUUUACCAGUUCAGGUUCACAACAAACCUCCUGACUGGGAGUUUUACUGGUUCACCUGGAGUCUCCUUGUCUGUCACAGGUGUCCAGGUGAUCAUCACAAAAUCAUCAGCCUGCAGGACGGGGGACUGUUCAUGGUCAAGUGUGGAGUGUCAAACCAGUUGUCCUCCAACUCCCAGUCUGUCCUACACCUGGUACAAGAACGGAAAAAAGACAUCGGAAAAAACAUCUUAUACCGCCUCCUUUUAUUCAGCAGACAGCAUUUCCUGUGCUGUGAGAGGCCACGAGGAUUUCCCCUCUGCUACAGUGUAUGCUCCGAAGGUUCCUUUAGUGCAGCUGAGUCAACCUGGAGACAUUCUGAAGGACAGCUCGGUGUCUCUGACCUGCAGCAGUGAUGCUAACCCAGCAGCUAACUACACCUGGUACAAGGGGAACCAGACUUUGCUCAACAGAGCAGCUCAGCUGGUUUUCAGCUCCAUCCUGUUGUCUGACUCUGGAGAAUAUUACUGCACAGCUGAGAAUGCUCUGGGGAAGACAGCGUCUAAACGUGUCUUAAUAAACAUGAAAUACGCUCCAAAGCCUCCCUCUGUGUCAGUGAGUCCCUCUGGUGAGAUCAUGGAGGGCAGCUCGGUGACUCUGACCUGCAGCAGUGAUGCUAACCCAGCAGCUCACUACACCUGGUACAAGGAGGACGAGGACUCACCAACAGCAUCAGGACAAAACUUCACCAUCACUGAUAUAAAAGCUGAACAUGGUGGAAAGUAUCAGUGUGAGGCCCAGAACACACACGGACGUAGUAACACCACCUUACAUCUGAGUGUAAGAGCAGUGGUACAGUGUGAGAAUGACUGGGAUGUGAGUUACACUUCUACUGAGCUCUGUGCCGUCAGAGGAUCAACAGUGGACAUUACCUUGGUAAGGAGUCAGAUUGACUGGAGUGUGAGUUACACUUCUACUGAUGUCUGUGCCUUCAGAGGAUCAACAGUGGACAUUAACUAUGCUCCAAAGCCUCCCUCUGUGUCAGUGAGUCCCUCUGGUGAGAUCAUGGAGGGCAGCUCGGUGACUCUGACCUGCAGCAGUGAUGCUAACCCAGCAGCUAAAUACACCUGGUACAAGAGAAGUGGAGGUAAACAAGUUCAACGUCUCAGUGAAGAGACACAAUUUGUCCUCAGCUCCAUCCGGUCGUCAGACUCUGGAGAGUAUUACUGCACAGCUGAGAAUGAGCUGGGAAGGAGUUCAGCAAACAUCUUUAUUACUGUGACAUACGCUCCAAAGCCUCCCUCUGUGUCAGUGAGUCCCUCUGGUGAGAUCAUGGAGGGCAGCUCAGUGACUCUGACCUGCAGCAGUGAUGCUAACCCAGCAGCUCACUACACCUGGUACAAGGAGGACGAGGACUCAACAAAAGCAACAGGACAAAACUUCACCAUCACUAAUAUCACAGCUGAACAUGGUGGAAAGUAUCAGUGUGAGGCCCAGAACACACACGGACGUAGUAACACCACCUUACAUCUGACUGUUGGAGCAGGGAAGUCAGUGAUAAUCAUGAAUAUCAUCAGGCUGACUCUGGUGGUCGUGCUGGUUCCAGUGCUGGUCUGGACUCUGUGGACGAGGAUGAAGAAAACUCUGAGCUUGAAAUCAGAAGUGAAUGAAGCUGUGGAGAUGAUAGAGUUAGACAACUCUCGUGAGUAUGACGACAUCGCUGCUGCAGCACAGACAGAAGACACAGAGGAGCAGGAAGACCUGGUGUGA